GUCAUAUUCUACUUGCCGACAUCUCACUAGGCUGUACAUACAAAGGAAGUGGUUGCGUGUAAAUAAAGUCGAAGCCAUCGUGUGUUCGACCCUUCCUCAGCUUCUGUUAUCCACCGUUUGCAUGACGCAAGAUUCGACAUCGGGAAAUUGAAGCCAAUUGCCCAGCAGCAAUUCUUGGGCACAGUUUUGAGGACGUCGAUUCUCUCGUUACCCCUCUUACUUUUGUUCACCAUGCCUUCCGCCACCAUCGACCAUGCGCAAUUCGAUUCCAUACCGGAUACCAUCGCCGCCUUCCGCAAUGGCGACUUCAUAGUAGUCCUCGACGACCCCUCGCGCGAAAACGAAGGCGAUCUCAUCAUCGCCGCGGCCAAUAUAACCACCGAGCAAAUGGCCUUCAUGAUCCGCCACACGUCAGGUCUAAUCUGCGCGCCCAUCACCCCGGCCCUGGCCUCCUCCCUCGACCUCCCGCAGAUGGUCCAUGCCAGCCAGGACCCCCGCGGCACUGCCUACACCGUGUCCAUCGACGCGGCCGACCCUAGCGUCACGACGGGCAUCAGCGCCUACGAUCGUGCGCUAACCUGUCGCGUCCUCGCGAGCCCCGACGCCAAGAGCACCGAUUUCCGCAGGCCGGGGCACGUGUUCCCUUUACGGGCGCGCCCCGGCGGUGUCAGGGUGAGGGCGGGUCAUACUGAAGCUGGGACAGACUUCUGUCGGUUGGCGGGACUAAGGGAGGCGGCGGUUAUUUCGGAGCUGGUAGAGGAUGGGGAAGAGGUUGAGGGGAGGGCUACCAGGAGCGAACCCGGUAUGUUAAGGGCCGAGGGGUGCAUAAAGUUUGCGAGGAGGUGGGGGUUGAAGGUGUGCACUAUUGAGGAUUUGAUUGCGCACAUUGAGAAGACGGAGGGCAAAUUUGAGUCGAAUGGGAGCUCGUAGCAGUUUCCUCGGGUUGAGUUGCGAGGCUUGGGGACUAG